CCCCAUUCCCAGGCCAUGUCCGGGGACUACGAGGAGGACGUUUGCCGCAGUGCCCUGCGCCUGGUGCACGAGCUCUGCUCGCCCCCCGCGCCCGCCCGCCCCCACGCCCGCUGCCUCGAGUUCACCGACCUGCUGCGGCACCGCGGGCACCCCCGGCCGGCCGACACAGAGGUGUCCGUCAGCCUCCUGUCCGUCAUCGUCACCUUCUGCGGCCUGGUCCUGCUCGGGGUCUCGCUCUUCGUCUCCUGGAAGCUCUGCUGGGUCCCCUGGCGCCAUAAAGGGGGUCCCGGGGGGUCCCCCCCACGCAAAGAACCCCCCCAAAGUGGGGGGGGCCCUUUUGGGGACCCCCUGCCCGAACGGGGGGACCCCGAGCCCCCCCCCGAGCGCUGCUACCUGGAUAUGGGGCCUUGUCCCGAAGGGGGGGGGGGGCGUGCGCUGGGACCCCCCCCCGGGCAGGGCUCGCUCCCCUCGGGACCCCCCCCGGGACCCCCUGAAUUUGGGGGGGACGGGGGGGAGGGGUGGGGACCCUGCCCAGCGCCCCCUCGCAGCAGCUCGUGGGGGGGAUGGGCGGCAGCUCCCCGCUCCCCCCCGUCCCCGAAGACAAAGCCGAGCAGAACCCGGCGCACCUGGGCCAAAUCCAACCCGAGCUCUACGGCGACACCGGCGGCCGAAACCGCCGGCGCCCGCGGUGGCCCGGGGGCUACCGGGGCUCCCUCAUCGCCUUGCGGCCGCCUCAGCGUCUCCCUGCGUUACUCCUACGGCUCCCAGCAGCUCGUGGUGCGAGUCCUGCGCGCCCGGGAUUUGCCGGCCAAGGACUCCAACGGCUUCUCGGACCCCUACGUGAAGAUUUAUCUGCUGCCCGACCGCAAGAAGAAGUUCCAGACCAAGGUCCUGCGGCGGACGCUGAACCCCGAGUGGGACGAGACGUUCAGUUUCGGGGUGCCCUUCGGGGAGCUGCCGGCGCGGCGCCUUCAUUUCGGCGUCUACGACUUCGACCGCUUCUCGCGGCACGAUCUCAUCGGGCAGGUGGUGCUGGAUAACCUGCUGGAGGCGGCCGAAGCGCGGCCCGAGGUGCCCAUCUGGAGGGACAUCCAGGAGGGGAGCGGGGAGAAGGCCGACCUGGGCGAGGUGAAUUUCUCUCUCUGUUACCUGCCCACGGCCGGGCGCCUCACGGUCACCGUCAUCCGCGCCUCCAACCUGCGCGCCAUGGACCUCACCGGCUACUCAGACCCCUACGUGAAGGCGUCGCUGAUGGCCGAGGGCCGGCGGCUGAAGAAGCGCAAGACGUCCAUCAAGAAGAACACCCUGAACCCCAACUACAACGAGGCGCUCGUGUUCGACGUCCCCCACGAGAGCGUGCACCACGUCAGCCUCACCAUCGCCGUCGUCGACUACGACUGCAUCGGGCACAACGAGGUGAUCGGGCUGUGCCGCGUGGGCAGCGACGCCGACGGCCCCGGCCGCGAGCACUGGGCGCAGAUGUUGGCGAACCCCCGCAAACCCAUCGAGCACUGGCACACCCUGGUCGAGGAGAAGGCUCUGACCAAGGGGACGGCGCGGGACAAACCCGCCCUGGGGGAGCCGCUGGGCCCGCACUGAGCCCGUUCGGGCCGGGGGGGCCCCGACACCGAAGCCAUACUGGGGGACCCCCGGGCCCCCCCCCCCGGCCCCGCUGGACACGGGGGGGCCCCGCCCCCCCCCACUGUGA